UCCAAAUAUAUAUAUUAGCUUGAAGAAGCAUCGUUAGCGCCAUUAGACAUCCAGAAAAAAGGCUUGUGAAAUGGCCAGAGCCCGAUGCUGAUCUUCUCCUCAAAGCUUCCACCGACCUCUUAUCUCACCCAUUUUCUCCGAACUCUCUCCUCCAUUUCUGCUCCAUCUCAUGCCCACAUUGCCCAUCUUCUUCUCGAACAAAAAUCACCCACCCAACUCCUCCACACCUUCCAAUGGGCCUCCAAACUCCCCAGCUUCACCCACUCCCCGUCCACUUACCGAGCUCUCAUCCACAAGCUAUGCAUCUUUCGCCGCUUCGACACUGCCUACCAGGUGCUCGACGAAAUGCCCCACUCCCCGGACGAGCGCAUUUUCGUCACACUCAUUCAUGGCCUCGGCCGGGCCCAUUUGGUGAAGAAAGUUGUCAAUGUACUCGACUUGGUUGCGAGGUACAACCAGAAACCUUCUCUCAAGAUAUUCAAUUCGAUACUCGACGUGCUCGUGAAGGAAGAUAUAGACAUAGCUAGGGAGUUUUAUAGAAAGAAGAUGAUGGCGAGUGGCGUCAAGGGCGAUGACUAUACUUUUGGUAUCUUGAUGAAGGGUCUUUGUUUGACGAAUCGGAUUGGUGAAGGUUUCAAGCUUUUGCAGGCUAUUAAGUCGAGGGGAGUUGCCCCGAAUACUGUGGUGUAUAACACAUUGCUGCAUGCACUUUGCAGGAAUGGGAAGGUCGGGAGAGCCAGAAGCUUGAUGAGUGAGAUGGAAGACCCUAAUGAUGUGACUUUCAAUAUUUUGAUAUCUGGUUACUGCGGAGAAGAGAAUUUGGUGCAGGCACUUGUAAUGCUAGAAAAAUGUUUUGGUCUUGGGUAUGUGCCUGAUGUUGUCACGAUAACAAAGGUGUUGGAAAUUCUGUGCAAUGAUGGUCGGGUGAUGGAGGCUGUCAAAACUAUAGAGAGAGUUGAGAGCAAUGGAGGGUUGGUUGAUGUUGUGGGAUAUAAUACCUUGAUUAAGGGUUUCUGUCAAUUGGGGAAAGCAAAAAUUGGUCUUCGCAUUUUGAAGGAGAUGGAGAGAAAGGGAUGUCUUCCAAAUGUUGAGACCUACAAUAUCUUGAUAUCGGGUUUCUGUGAGUCUGGGAUGUCGGACGAAGCUCUUGAUCUGUUUAAUGAUAUGAAAACAGAUGGAAUCAGUUGGAAUUUUGCUACAUAUGAUACUUUAAUAAGAGGCUUAUGUUCAGGAGGAAGAACUGAAGAUGGGUUAAAAAUUUUAGAUUUGAUGAAUGAAAGCAAAAAUGGUUGUAGGGGUCGAAUAAGCCCUUAUAAUAGUGUGUUAUAUGGCCUGUAUAAGGAAAACCGUUUGGACGAAGCACUUGAGUUUCUUGCCCAUAUGGGCAAACUAUUUCCCAGAGCUGUUGAUAGGAGCUUGAGGAUUUUAGGUUUCUGUGAGGAGGGUGACACAGAGAAUGCAAAGAAGCUCUAUGACCAGAUGAUUGUGGAAAGGGCAGUCCCAUGUGUUUUGAUCUAUGACUAUCUAAUCCACAGAUUUUGCCAUAUUGGGUGUGUUCGUCACGCCUUUGAGCUUAUGAAUGAGAUGAUUGCUCAUUGUUACUUCCCUGUGGCAACGACUUUCGAUGUUCUGAUUAAGGGGUUUUGCGAGCAAGGAAAAGUUGAAAGUGCGCUAAAGCUCCUCGAAGAGAUGGUUGGUAGAGAUUGUUUACCAGGUAUAGAAAGUUAUAAUCAUUUGGUAGGUGCUCUUUGCCAGAAGGGGGAUUUUCAGAAAGCUUUAAAACUGGUUUUGCAAAUGGUCGGGAAGGGUAUCGCUCCUGAUUAUUUCACAUGGCACUCGAUGCUUCUUUGUUCAAGUCGAGAGACUGUAUGGCUAAACAGCAAAAGCAUCUUUUAUGUGAACAGUCAGUUACAUUGUAUUACUGAAGCUUGACUAUAUGCCAGGGUCAGUAGUACUG